AUGGGAGAAGCAAGUUUUAAAUUUAAUGACAAAAAUCAACAAGCAAUUAUCGAUCUAUUUGGUGAUCGUGAAAUAAAACCGAUUCAAGAAGAACUUGGCCGAGUAAAUGUCAAUCCAAUAAGAGAUCAUGUCAAAUUUUUAAUGAAAAAAUUAUUCAUAAUUAUCUUCCUAUUUAUUGUUGCUAUUAUUGGACUAGUUUCAUUAAUUAUUGGUGUUAUUGCGUACAAACGACAAUGUUAUUUACCUCGUCAACCAUCACUUCCAAUUUGGUUACUUGUAUUAGGUUCUACGAGUAUAAUUCUUAUCAUUGCAUUGAUUAAUUUGAUUUUAGUAGCAACAGUUAUUAAAUAUAAGACUAGUGAAAAAGCAUUUCGUCGUGCGUUUAUGAUUAUAGUUGGUAUUGGUGGUGGUGUUUUAAGUUGGGCAGUUGGGCCGGGUUCACAAGCAAUGUUCUACUUACCUUCUCGUUCAUCAGACUGUUUAGUCUUUUUUUCAUUUAUUUAUGGUAUAUAUUGUAUCUACAAAUUCUGGUCACAUUGUUGUUGUAAAAACAAAAAAGGAAAAAAUCAAGUUGCUGUUGUUGUUGUACCAUUACCAUCAAAUGGUACUCAAAACGAUUUGCCUAAUGUUAUUGAUGCAAUCGUGCGUGAAGAAAAUAGUGUUAUUCCUAUGAAAACAAGUUUACCAGUCGAUGAUUCUAUUAAACGUGAAAAUUAG